CAUAAUCAAACAGCACAGCUGUUUUUCUUUCUCCUUUUCUCUUCUCUUUUCUCUCUUCUUUCCUGUCCUCUCUCACUUCCCGAGGCAGCAACCAAAAACCACUGCAAAAAAACAUCUGUCGAAGAUUUAUGUUAUCCCAGUUUGUUAAUAAAUUUCAGCUGGAAUGAAAAAAUAUUUACUUACUUUAUGUGUGCAGCUGAUCAUCUCCAGCCUCUGCUCAGAUCUCCCUCGUCCUCUUCACUCAAAAUGUGUUCAGGGAAUUCAAAAGUGUUGGAGCCUAGAUUAGUCCGUGCUUGCUGAUACAAUCAAUUGCCGAGCAUAAAGCUGACGUAAACACUUGUAUUCCUUGGUUAGAUGAUUGGUUGACUGAAUACCGUCUUUGGAGGGGAAUGAUUCUGAGCUUGAAUUUGUCAAUGAUGGUGACUUACUUGGGUAUAAUCUGAUGUCAUCCUAGUAUUGAGGACACCUCAAAUGGAACCGCGAUCAUUUAAAGUUAAAUUUAAGGUGAACCAUGGAGGAGGUUCAGCGAAUAAUUCUACAGAAGAUAGUUGCCAUACAAGCAUUAUAAGGGAACAAAGUGAUCCAAGUGGACCUGCUUCCUCUGCUGUCCCUGAGACUACUCAGACUACAAUUGAUGUAUCUUAUGGGGAAGGGGAAGAAGGCCAUUGCACUGACAAUGAAGAGAAUCAAUCACAUGAAAAUGCACAUAACCAGUUGGUGCUCUAUGAUCCUCCAGUUAAUGGUGUGGGUGAAAUUAUUCAUGUUCCAGAGCCCAUUGCAUCUGAAGCCCCUUCUUCACGAAGAUACUCCUUUCAUCAAACAACCAGGGUUUUGCCAUCAGUUGGAGCAUUUACUGUUCAAUGUGCUAACUGUUUUAAAUGGAGACUUAUCCCAACAAAGCAGAAGUAUGAGGAAAUUAGAGAACAUAUUUUAGAGCAUCCUUUUUUCUGUGAAACCGCUCGUGAAUGGCGCCCAGAUGUAUCAUGUGAUGAUGAGCCUGAUAUCGAACAAGAUGGCAGUAGGCUUUGGGCAAUUGAUAAACCCAGUAUUGCCCAGCCUCCUCCUGGCUGGCAAAGGCUUUUAAGAAUCAGAGGUGAAGGAAGCACCAAAUUUGCAGAUGUUUACUAUGAGUCUCCAUCAGGCAAGAGACUGCGUUCAAUGGUGGAAAUUCACAAGUACUUGGAGGAACAUCCUGAGUAUUACGAGGGAGGUGUUACUUUGGCGAGAUUUUCAUUUCAAAUCCCGAGACCAUUGCAGGAAAACUACGUGAGAAAACGUCCUCGACCAGUGCCGUCAAAUGGGGAGAAAGUACAAGAACUUGGAGUCAAACCGAUAAGUUGGGCAGCUCCAGAUGAGGAUAUAGAUUUGGAGCUUGGGAGGUCAAGUCAUCCUACUCCUUAUGAGGAUACUCUCCCUGUGUCUGACUAUCAGCUAGUGAAGAAAAAGAGGACACCGUCUAAGAAAAGAUGUAAUGGUGAUUCAUUAGGCAGUUCAAGCCAGGUGAAUGUGGAAGAGAGUCUUCAUCUCUGAUUUGGGUGCCUGUGGCCCAAACCUGUCUGAUACCUAUUGAGUUAGCUGAUGUUCAGCACAUUUGCAGUUCAGGUUUUGUGGAGACGUGUCUAGGCUUAUGUACUUAAAGAAACUUGUGUUAUGUUGAACUUUUGUUAUAGUGUUUUGGUUUUGUUACUCCCUAGUUGGAGAUAAAGGUACAUUAAGUCAAAGACCAUAUUUUGAAUGGCAUGUUUGGAAAGUGUAUGUAAGAAAAUUUCAUGUGGUAGUUUAUACAAUAGAUAGUUCUUGCUAGGUUCAUAUGAAUGUGUUCUCAGCAGCUGAUGGUU